AUGGUCUCUUUACCUGGCUGUGCUCAGGGCGCCCUGGUUCUGGCUGCCGUCGCGGCCGCCGGAGCUCAUCUGCCGCCGAUUCCAUCCGACUUGACAACUCCAGUCCAGCAGCGGAUCGCCGUUGACGGGCCCAACAGCGCGGUCGUCGUCGGAACAGGCAUCGCUGUGAGCUGGAACACCUACGAGAAGCUGGACCAGGCCUGCGUCAAGUAUGGCGCGCCCGACUGCUCGUCGUUGACGGAGCAAGUGUGCUCGAGCACCCCGGGAACGACAUAUCCGUCCUCCCGCACCUGGUUCAACUCGGUCACCCUGACGGGGUUGAGGCCGGCCACCAAAUACUGCUACCAGAUUGUGUCGACCAACUCGACCAAGGCAACCUUUCUCAGUCCGCGGCAGGCGGGCGACAAGACGCCCUUCUCGAUAAACGCCGUCAUCGACCUCGGCGUGUACGGCGAGGACGGCUACACCAUCCAGAUGAAGCAGGACAAGCGGGACGAGAUCCCGUCCAUCCCCCCGUCCCUCAACCACACGACCAUCAAGCGCCUGGCCGACACCAUCGACGACUACGAGUUCGUCAUCCACCCGGGCGACCUGGCGUACGCCGACGACUGGGCGCUCAAGGGCCACAACCUCCUUGACGGCAAGAAGGCCUUCCAGGCCAUCCUGGAGCAGUUCUACGACCAGCUGGCGCCCAUCUCGUCGCGCAAGCCCUACAUGGCCAGCCCGGGCAACCACGAGGCCGUGUGCGAGGAGAUCCCGCUCACGUCGGGCCUGUGCCCAGACGGCCAGAAGAACUUCACCGACUUCAUGACGAGGUUCGGCAGCAGCAUGCCCGCGUCGUUCGCGUCGACGUCGCCCGACGCCGCGGCCAGGGUGAGCGCCAACAGGGCGCGGCAGCUCGCGCGCCCCCCGUUCUGGUUCUCCUUCGAGUACGGCAUGGCGCACGUCGUCAUGCUCGACACGGAGACGGACUUCGCCUCGGCCCCGGACGGGCCCGGCGGAUCGGCCGGCCUCGACUCCGGCCCGUUCGGCAGCCCCGGCCAGCAGCUCGACUUCCUCGCCGCCGACCUCGCCUCGGUCGACCGCAGCGUCACGCCGUGGCUCAUCGCCGCCGGCCACCGGCCCUGGUACACGACGGGCGACCAGGCCAGCGACCCCUGCGAGCCCUGCCGGGCCGCCUUCGAGGGCCUCCUGUACCGCUACGGCGUCGACCUCGCCGUCUUCGGCCACGUCCACAACUCGCAGCGCUUCAUGCCCGUCGUCAACGGCACCGCCGACCCGGCCGGCCUCGACAACCCCCGCGCGCCCAUGUACAUCGUCGCCGGGGGCGCCGGCAACGUCGAGGGCCUCAGCGCCGUCGGCACCAGGCCCGCCUACACGGCCUUUGCCUACGCCGACGACUUCAGCUACGCCACCAUCCGCUUCGUCGACCCCCAGAACCUCCGGGUCGACUUUUACAGGUCCUCCACCGGCGAGCUGCUCGACUCGUCUACCCUGCGCAAGGCUCACGACCGCCGCUUCGUCCGGCAGUAA